AUGUCAGCACUCGACGAUCAACCGACGACGAGCGUCGUUACCCCGACCGACUUCUUCGAGUCCAUCGGUCAGAAAGCUGGCCAGCUCGCGCCGGCCGCCGAUGCGACAAACGGGGUCGCAAACGAGACCGAUGAGGAGGACCGCGUUGUCGAGCAAGUAGAGUCACUUUGCAUGAACUGCCACGAGAAUGGCAUGACACGCAUGCUCCUCACAGCCAUUCCCUACUUCCGCGAAGUCAUCCUCAUGUCCUUCUCUUGCGACAAGUGCGGCUUCUCCAACUCCGAGAUACAAUCUGCCGGGACCAUUCAACCCAAGGGCUCAAGCUACCUACUGCGGUUGACCGCCAUGCAGGACUAUGAGAGGCAGGUCAUCAAGUCCGACACCGCUGUCGUCAAGUUCAUCGAAUUGGACCUCGAGGUUCCUGCCGGGCGUGGGCAGCUUUCCAAUGUCGAGGGCAUCCUAUCCACCAUAAUAGAUGAUCUGGAGAUUGGUCAGGAGGCGCGCAAGGAACAGCUACCGGACGUCUACACCAAGGUUGCCGAGAUCAUCACCAAGGGUCGAGCUAUGCUCGCGGGUGACGCCUUCCCAUUCCGCCUCUCCGUCGAUGACCCGGCUGGUAACUCGUGGAUUUCCCCCAACAUGAGAGAUGGUGUUGGCAAGUGGGAGAAGCGAGACUAUGUCCGAACCCCUGAGCAGAAUGAGGCUCUUGGGCUGGCCGCGACCGACCCACUGGCUGCCAUGUCGACCGCAGAGGAGGAUAUCGUACCAGAUCAGGUCUAUGAAUUCCCUGCUUCAUGUCCUGGCUGUAUGCACCCUUGCACCACCAGGAUGAAGAUGGUCGACAUUCCGCAUUUCAAGGCCGUGGUCUUGAUGUCCACAGCCUGCCAAGACUGUGGAUACAAGUCGAAUGAUGUCAAAACCGGUGGCGCCAUCCCUGAAUUAGGCAAGAAGAUCACCCUGAGGGUGGAGAGCGCCGAGGACCUUGCUCGGGACAUACUCAAAAGUGAAACCUGUGCGCUGGAAUGCCCCGAGCUCAACCUACAGGUUAACCCAGGAACACUGGGAGGUCGGUUCACCACAGUCGAGGGUCUCCUGACGCAGAUCCGGAAUGAUCUGAACUCACAAAUAUUUGAGACGGGAGUGGGAGCGGGAGGCGAUUCUAUUGCCGCUGAUGACCGAGCACAGUGGACUGAGUUCUUCGGCGGGCUUGAUGCGGCUAUCAAGGGCGAGAGAAAGUUUACCAUCAUCCUCGCCGAUCCCUUGGCAAGCAGCUACGUCCAGAAAGCUGUCGACCUUGACCAAGAUGACCCACAAAUGACCACUGAGGACUAUAAGCGGACCGAAGAAGAGGAGGAGGAGCUUGGCCUGCUCGACAUGAAGGUUGAAGGCUAUGAGGAAGAUCACAAGAACAGCCUAGAUGCGGCUCAAUAG